GGCAGCGUUCCGGGCGCUCGUUCCUAGAGGCUGGGGCAGCUGGGGGCACCAGUCGGAUCCGGCGGUCCAGGGCGGGGGAGGACACGGAGGGAGGGCUCAGAUCACCCGCGGAGCCGCCGCCCCUGCUUCGGCUGCGGCGCCGCCGCCUCUACUGGGCCGGGCCCGGCAGGCGCUCCGAGCGUGCGGCCUCGGGGCUGCCAGCUCAGUAGCGCGGGCGAGAGGGGACCCGGGUGCGGGCGGCUAAAAUGAGUGAAAGGAGAAGAUCUGCAGUCGCCCUGAGCUCCCGAGCACAUGCCUUCUCGGUUGAAGCUUUGAUCGGCUCAAAUAAAAAGCGGAAGCUGCGAGACUGGGAGGAGAAGGGGCUGGACCUGUCCAUGGAGGCACUGAGUCCCGCAGGCCCACUCGGAGACACAGACGACCCGGCGACACACGGCCUGGAGCCCCACCCGGAUUCUGAGCAGAGCACUGGGUCGGACUCCGAGGUGCUCACUGAGCGGACCUCCUGCUCCUUCAGCACUCACACUGACCUGGCUUCCAGUGCUGCAGGCCCAGUGCCUGCUGCCAUGUCUACCAUGGAGGAGAUUCAGGUGGAGUUACAAUGUGCUGAUCUCUGGAAGAGGUUCCAUGAUAUUGGAACGGAGAUGAUCAUUACCAAAGCAGGCAGGAGGAUGUUUCCUGCCAUGAGAGUGAAAAUCACUGGCCUGGAUCCACACCAGCAAUAUUACAUAGCAAUGGACAUUGUGCCAGUGGAUAAUAAAAGAUACAGAUAUGUGUAUCAUAGCUCCAAGUGGAUGGUGGCUGGUAAUGCUGACUCCCCUGUGCCUCCAAGGGUUUAUAUACACCCGGAUUCCCUAGCUUCUGGAGACACCUGGAUGAGACAGGUGGUUAGUUUUGACAAACUCAAGCUGACCAACAAUGAACUGGAUGAUCAAGGACACAUCAUUCUGCACUCUAUGCAUAAAUACCAGCCUCGAGUCCAUGUGAUCCGCAAAGACUUCAGCAGCGAUCUUUCACCCACCAAACCUGUGCCCAUAGGGGAUGGGGUGAAAACAUUCAACUUUCCUGAGACUGUGUUCACCACAGUUACAGCCUAUCAGAACCAGCAGAUCACCAGAUUGAAAAUUGACCGAAACCCAUUUGCUAAAGGAUUCAGAGAUUCUGGAAGAAACAGAACUGGACUUGAAGCCAUCAUGGAGACAUACGCAUUCUGGAGACCUCCUGUACGCACACUGACUUUUGAAGACUUCACCACCAUGCAAAAGCAGCAAGGGGGCAGUACAGGUACUUCCCCAACCACCUCCAGCACCGGGACACCGUCCCCUUCGGCUUCUUCUCAUCUCUUAUCUCCAUCCUGUUCUCCUCCAACUUUUCAUUUGGCCCCCAAUACUUUCAACGUGGGCUGUCGAGAAAGCCAGCUGUGUAAUCUAAACCUCUCUGAUUAUCCACCAUGUGCCCGAAGCAACAUGGCUGCCUUACAGAGCUAUCCAGGGCUGAGUGACAGUGGCUACAACAGGCUCCAGAGUGGCACGGCUUCAGCCACUCAGCCCUCUGAAACCUUCAUGCCUCAGAGGACUCCAUCUCUGAUCUCAGGAAUACCAACGCCUCCCUCGUUGCCUAGCAACAGCAAGAUGGAAGCCUAUGGCGGCCAGCUGGGGUCCUUCCCCACUUCUCAGUUUCAGUAUGUUAUGCAGGCAGGCAAUGCGGCCUCCAGCUCCUCAUCACCACACAUGUUUGGUGGCAGCCACAUGCAGCAGAGCUCCUACAAUGCCUUCUCCCUUCACAAUCCCUACAAUCUGUAUGGAUACAAUUUCCCCACCUCCCCCAGGCUAGCUGCAAGCCCAGAAAAACUGAGCGCAUCUCAAAGCACUUUACUCUGUUCUUCUCCCUCCAAUGGGGCCUUUGGAGAGAGGCAGUACCUGCCCACAGGGAUGGAGCACGGUAUGCAUAUGAUCAGUCCUUCAGCUAAUAAUCAGCAGGCUACCAACACCUGUGAUGGCCGGCAGUAUGGGGCGGUCCCAGGCUCCUCCUCCCAGAUGUCAGUACACAUGGUUUAAAGAUCAAUCCAAACUCCAUGGAGGUGAUGGUAGUCAAGACUCCAGA